CGUGUCAAAAACUGCUCUGCUCCCGAAGUCUUCCCUCUUCGGUUCGCUUCCCGUCCCGUCGGUUCAGCUCGCAGUACCAUGGCGCCCACUGGUCAGUGUCAAGCCCUCUUGCUCCUGCUCCUCGCUGCUGCCGCCGCCGUCUCGGCGGUGGACGAGGCCUUCCUCCGCCACCCCUCCUUCGCCUCCUCCGCGCGGCCCCUCGCCCAGAAGACCCCCCGCUCCGCCGGCGCAGAACUCAUCCGCGCCCUCAACCUCCACCCUCGGGACUCUCUGCCCCGCCGCUCCGGCAGCGGCGAUGCCCUCCCGGCUGGAACCCUUGUGGAGAGGCCCAUCCACCUCGCGUCCCUGGUGGCCGGGACCGACGACGCCGGCGACACGUCGGUGAGCAACCUCGGCCACCACGCCGGGUACUACCGCCUCGCCAACACCCAUGACGCCAGGUUGUUCUACUUCUUCUUCGAGUCCAGGCGCCACAAGAAGGAGGAUCCCGUGGUGAUCUGGCUCACGGGUGGGCCCGGCUGCAGCAGCGAGCUCGCGCUCUUCUACGAGAAUGGCCCCUUUCACAUUGCAGACAACAUGUCGCUCCUCUGGAAUGAUUUUGGCUGGGACAAGGAAUCCAACCUUAUCUAUGUUGAUCAGCCAACUGGGACUGGGUUCAGCUACAGCUCUGAUUCGCGUGAUACCCGCCAUAAUGAAGCGAGCGUUAGCAAUGACCUGUAUGAAUUCCUGCAGGCCUUUUUCAAGGAGCACCUGGAGUAUGCUGAAAAUGAUUUUUAUAUAACUGGGGAAUCAUAUGCUGGGCACUACAUUCCUGCCUUUGCAACUCGUGUGCACCAGGGUAACAAGAAGAAACAGGGCAUUCACAUCAAUUUGAAGGGUUUUGCAAUUGGCAAUGGACUAACAGAUCCAGCGAUACAGUAUAAGGCAUACACUGAUUAUGCAUUGGAUAUGGGCUUAAUCACACAAUCAGAAUUUAACAAGAUUAAUAAAAUAGUUCCUACUUGUGAAUUUGCUAUCAAGCUUUGUGGUACCUCUGGCACUGUAUCUUGCUUUGCCGCAUAUGUUGUUUGCAAUACAAUAUUCAGUUCCAUCAGGUUGAUAAUCGGGAGCAAAAAUUAUUAUGACAUCAGGAAGCCAUGUGUGGGGAGCCUAUGCUAUGAUUUCUCUAAUUUGGAAAAGUUUCUCAAUCUGAAAUCUGUCAGACAGAGCCUGGGAGUUGGAGACAUAGAGUUUGUUUCAUGCAGCCCGACUGUCUACCAGGCUAUGCUCUUAGAUUGGAUGAGGAACCUUGAAGUUGGAAUCCCUGAACUCCUUGAGAGCGACAUCAAAGUGCUGAUUUAUGCUGGAGAGUAUGAUCUCAUAUGCAAUUGGCUAGGAAACUCAAGAUGGGUAAACUCUAUGGAAUGGUCUGGAAAGAAAGCAUUUGUGUCCUCAACUGAGGAGCCGUUCACAGUUGAUGGAAAAGAAGCCGGUGUUCUAAAAAGCUAUGGUCCUUUGAGUUUCUUGAAGGUCCAUGAUUCUGGUCACAUGGUACCGAUGGACCAGCCAAAGGCCGCCUUGGAGAUGCUCAGUAGGUGGAUUUCAGGAAACCUUUCGGACGCAUCUUCGAGCUCUCAGCAACUUGAUUUUGCCAUGUAACCCACACAAUGUGUACGAGUAAUAUGACUUCCUAAUGGACUACUGUGAAGUCUAGUGCGUGCAUCCAUCAGGAUCUACUUUCGGAAACAGAGAAGCUUGUUGGCGGCCGUCCAUACUCUAUUUACCUUGUGUGGUGCUUGAUGUUCAACAAGCUUGUAAUAAAAGCCUUCAAGAGGAUUAUUGCUGGCAGAGAAGCGAUUGUAUCAUGAAAGCUUACGACUAGCGAGGGCCGUCCAUGUCCAUGUGUUGCAACAUCAUGUAGAUAUGGUUUCUGCAUUAAGCCUUUUGUUUGUAUGUGGCAACUGUGUCGAACUAGAUGGUCAGCAGGCCUGUGUUGGAACAUAAA